CUCCCUCCCUCCCCGUCCUCCCCCUCCCCCUUUCCUCCACUGUUUACGGGACGGGACUCGAGAGACUGCUCGCCGGAUUGUUCGUCUAGGGUUUAAAAGAAAGACCGCUGUCAGUGCGAAUUGAAGUGCUCCUUCUUCAAUUUCUCCAUUCAAGCAAAAUGUUCCGUAAUCAAUAUGACAGUGAUGUCACUGUGUGGAGUCCGCAGGGUAGACUCCACCAGGUUGAGUAUGCAAUGGAAGCUGUGAAAUUGGGAUCGGCGGCUGUUGGACUCAAGAACAAAACUCACGCUGUAGUGGUUGCCCUUAAAAGAGCGUCUUCUGAGCUUUCAGCUCAUCAGAAAAAGAUCAUUCCCAUUGACAAACAUCUUGGAAUGGCUAUUACUGGGCUCACAGCAGACGCUAGAAUGCUAAGCCGUUACAUGCGGACCGAAUGUCUGAACUACCAGUAUGCUCAUGAUUCUCCUCUACCUGUGUGCCGCCUAAUUGCCAAUGUUGGAAACAAAAUGCAGAGCUCUACGCAGAGAUAUGAUCGUCGACCUUAUGGUGUUGGAUUGCUUGUGGCAGGAUAUGAUGAUCAAGGACCACAUAUCUAUCAAACUUGCCCAUCUGCAAACUUCUUUGACUGUAAGGCUAUGGCUAUGGGUGCUCGCUCUCAAAGUGCCAGAACUUAUCUUGAAAAGCAUUUGGGGGAAUUCCCUGAUUGUGAUAAAGAUGAAUUGAUUCGGCAUGGGCUACGUGCAUUGAGUGAUACUCUGCCCAAUGAAGUUGAGUUGACAGUGAAGAAUGUGUCCAUUGGCUUGGUGGGUGAGAAGACACCUUUCUCAGUACUGGAUGAGCAAGAAACUGCUGUGUAUCUGACAUCUAUUGAGCAUGAGGAGAGGCGUGGUGGUGGAGGAUCAUCGGGCUCAAAGUCUUCUACAAGCCAAGCAACUGGUGAAGACCCUCAAGACCCUGAAGUUGCUGUGGCCAUGGAAACUGACUAAUUUAAGGCAAUAAUUUGAGAAAAAAAAACUCCAACUUUUUUUUUUUUUGAUUAUUGGAAACUGCUCUUUACAGUUAAUAAAGUUUUUAUUUAAGGCACA